AUGGUGCGCGUCGACGGGGAAGGCUAUCAAUGGCAUGGUGUCGAACCUGAAUUUCCGACUAUUAAUACGACCGCGAUUUACUUGACGGCCACGAGAACGAUCUUGACAUUCGAAGCAGGACCUAUACGAUUCAAUGUCACAUAUCUGAGCCCAGUAGAGCCGUCUGAUUGGGUUCGCCAGUCAUUUCCGUUCUCGUAUAUCUCAAUAGACGCGGUGUGGUCAACCGACGGCCAAAGGCAUGGAGUCCAGUUCUAUUUUGACACAUCAGGGCAAUGGCUCUCGGCUGAUGACCAGGACACCGUCAAGUGGAAUACAACUUCAAGCGCAACAUCGCUUAUUCAUUCAAUGCAACUUUCUGUACCUCAAGCUUUCCAGGAGGGUCAAGGCGUCGCAAAAGAUAGCAACCUCUACCUGGCAAUAUCACAAGAGUCUCCGGGACUUACGUGGGAAACCAACUGGGCCCAGGCCCUUCGCCGACAGUUCGAUAACAACGGUUCUCUAACAAAUACACAGGACACUGCGAGUCGCCCGAUCAAUGCCAAUCAACCGGCAUUAGCCGCGUCUGUGGAUUUGGGCAGCAUACAGCAAGCAUCGCCUUCAGUCGUCUGGGCUAUCGGCCUUGUUCGUCAGCCAACAAUCCAAUUUCAGACCCCCAGGGACAACGACCCCCAACAACACCAUUCCUUCUUCUGGACCAAAUAUACUUCAAUCGACGAAGCCAUUGACGACUUUAUUCUGGAUUUUCCGAAUGCGUUGACGAGAUCGGUGACUCUCGACAGGAAGGUGAUGGAAGACGCAGGGAAGGUAUCAUCCCAAUAUGCCGAUCUGGCAGCCUUGUCUGUCCGACAAAUGUUUGCAGCCCUCGAUAUUACAGUCCCAGAACUAACGUUGACUGUGGGAGCCUCCGUAACAACUACAGCUGCUGGAGCUGCUGCCACUGGUAUGGCAAAAAUACGCGUAUUCAUGAAAGACACAGGAACUACCAGACAGACAAAUCCUGUUGAAACCAUCUACGGUUCUCUUCCCGGCAUUUUGUACUUCAAUGCUUCUCUUGCAGGAGCUCUUCUCCUUCCCCUGUUAGAGUAUGGCACUGCAAGGAAGGGGGUUCAGAACUCCCCUUCCUACGCUUCAAUGGACUUGGGUUCCAGUUACCCAGAUGCAACUGGACCAAGCAGAGAUCAAUCGAUGUAUGGUGCCGAUACCACCUCGUCAAUGCUCAUCAUGGUCUUAGCUCACGCGAAGAAAUCCGGAGAUGGAAGUUUGAUUCAAAACCAUCUCCCGCUCUUACUCGACUGGGCAGAUUACCUUUAUGAAGCGCCUUUCGCAAAUAGAAGUAUUCUCUUGACCUCCGAUACAAUGGGCGUCUUCGACUCAAAUACCGCGCUGAAGUGUAUUCACGCCCUUUAUGCAAUGUCGGAAAUACUGGGACUUGAUAGGUCGGCCUCGCCCGAUAUCGCUUCAAGGCAACAAUAUUACUCGGACCGCGCGACGUUACUGCUCAACGAAUGGAGGAACUCUUCGUUUCUAUCUGAUCACGUCACAUCGACACCCGGAGUUGAAACUUCUUGGGGCCUGGUCCAUAAUAUGUACGCUUCGAAAUUGUUGAAUGUAUCUUUGGUCGACAAAGGGACGAUCAAUGCCCAAACCUCGUUCUACGCGUCCAGAGCAGCGUCGGUCGGUCCAUUUGGAUUUCCCUACACCAGCAAUUCACCGAUAACAAGGUCAGAUUGGUCAUUAUUCACAGCAGCAUCAGUCACGAGCGAUUCCGUGAGGGAUGAAAUGAUCUCUAAGGUCCACGCUUAUGCUUUCUUGAAUCGAACUGAGUGUCCGUGGCCCACGAUCUAUGAUUCCAACUCUGGGGUCGCGUCCCUAGGUUGUGCAAGCCCUGGCCAAGGCGCCAUGUUUGCUUUGCUUGCACCAGAAAUUCCGGACCAGGUCGUCAAUCUUAUCCUGCCGACGUCGACCUCAAAUCCACUCAUCCCUGGGGCAUCCGCCGAGGAAAACUCUUUUGGAACUGCUAAGAUCGUUGGCACCACCAUUGGAGGGCUUGCGUUCGUGCUGUUGAUAGUUGGUCUCGCAUUCCUCAUCCGACGUGGAAGGUCCAGGAGCACGGCAACAGCAACCCAAGAAGCAAUGCCAUUCACAUUCGACGGCGAAAAGCUGGUAAAAUCCUCGAAGACAGCAUCUGUGCCGGCGGAAAUCCUACUUACGAGUAACCAUUAUCCCGCCCGGUCAACGUCCGAGCUGUCAUCAGCACCUCCGACGAUGAGCGAUGUCCCCCGAAGUGAAGACACUAUACAACUUCGAAGGCAGUUUGAGGAGAUCCAGAGGGAGCUUGCCGCGAUAAGAGAGGUUCAAGCUAUGCAGCAGAUGCAAAUUGAGCUUCCUCCAACAUACGAGCCGGCUGUGCGGGCUCGUGAGUAG